AUGACCCAUGUGCCUUAUCCGUCUACCCCUGGGUUCAAUAACUUCAAGGUUGACUAUGUUCGUGCGCUAGACCGAGCCAUGGGCGAUGGUCCACGACCGCCAACGCGUGCUACCUUCUUUGGCACAGUCAAACUACAUGGCAGCAAUGCUACAAUUGUGUUUCGGAAUGGGAAUAAGACCGCAGCGCAAAUCCAAUCUCGUUCUUGGAUCAUUGAAAGCACGAAAAAGGACAAUUGUGGCACAUUCGCGCUGCUGUCCAAAGCUCCGCUCCACAGGCUUGUAGAGCAAAUUCUGAAGACGAGGCAACAGGGAGAUGCAUUCACAGAGAUUUAUAUUUGUGGCGAAAUUGCAGGGAAAGGAGUUCAGAAGGGAGUGGCAAUAACACAAUUAGAGCGGUUCUUUGCCAUUUUCAACAUUCGUGUUGAUGGACACUGGGUGGAUUUGCGUCAAUAUAAGGAUUGCGCCUUACCCGAGCACCGAAUUUACAACGUGGCUCAAUACAAGACCUUCGAGGUCGAUAUUGACUUCCGUGCCCCGACCACACAAGUCCAUGACUUGAUGCAGAAAUAUACGGCUGAAGUUUACCUGGAAUGUCCAUUCGGUCACGCAUUCGUGGACGCUGCGGGCAAGUCCGUGUCGGGGAAUGGGGAGGGUAUCGUAUGGACGAUGGUGCGCUCGCCUUUUCUCGACGAAGAGAAUGGACGUGGCUUCGAUGAUACUCUACUCUGCAAUUUCAAAACAAAGGGGGAGACAUUCUCUACGACCGCGUACCAACCCAAGGCGAAGAUUGACCCUGCCAUGGCUGAGCUUGCCUCAGAUUUUGCGAAGUAUGCGUUGGGAGAACGGAGACUGGAGCAAGGCAUCGAGUAUCUCGAAAGCGAACAGGCGAGAGAAGGCCAACCGCAGGACGGGUACAACUUGAAGCUUACCGGCGCCUUUAUCAAGUUUGUAACAGAGGAUGCGAUACGAGAGGAGAGGAAUGAAAUGCUCAGGCUGGGAGUGGCAGAGAAGGAUGCGAAACGGGAAGUUGGGGCUCGUGCCAAGGCUUGUCGCAACCUGAUGACUUCAACUUGGAGUAUAUAUGAUGACGCGCUCGUCGCUCAAUUCAGUCUACUGUGCACGUGGCCGUGUAAGACUCUUCCACCUCCGUUGACCACCCGCGCAAUGGAGUUGCACGUCGUUUAUCGAAUACUACGCAAAAUUUCAGAGUGGGCGAGCGUUGAUGGCUACUACUUCUCAGAAGUAUACGUCAACGGGGAGCAAAGUGUCCCAAAAAAUACGCCCAUCAUACUUACACCGUCUCACCACAACGAGCUUCUGGAUGUGGGCCUCCUUGCUGCGACAAUACCUCAUCGACGGAUGGUUUCGUUCUGGGCCAAGUCAACGACGUUCAAACACCCAGUACUAGGGCCAAUCCUUGAAUCGUCUGGGGCCAUUCCCGUACGCAGAAAUCCGAACAAGGCAGAUGCUGCAGCGUCGAAUGCCGCCCUUUUCGACGCGUCUACUGCUGCAUUGGGUCGUAAACAAGCACUCGGAGUUUUCCCAGAGGGGACCAGCUAUACUGAGCCUGAAAUUUCACAAGUCCUCAGCGGUGCUGCAUGGGCUGCGCUAGAAUACAUGCGCUCUCGGGGCGAUGGCCAGCCAGUCAUCAUUAUCCCAGUCGGGAUCGUCUACGAAGACAAGGCCAAAUAUCGAAGUCGUGUUCGCGUUGAAUAUGGACACCCAAUUGACAUGACACAAUAUAUGCCUCCAUCCCUCUUCGAGUCCGAUGACCUAGGGGCUGAGCGCGAAGUAGUCAAGGAUGUAAUGAGGGAAGUUGAGGAACAACUACGCGGCUUGACUAUCAAUGCGGCAGACUGGGAGACGUUAUAUGCGGCACGGAUGACGAGGAACAUUUUAUGGACCGAUGACAGCAAUAUCAAAAUGAAGGAUUGGCUGGCGGUCAGCCAAACGCUCGUGAAACUUUUCUCCUCUCCUGACGAUGGGGAUUCAGAGCUCUGCGCCGUCAAAAGAUCGCUCACCAAAUACUUCUCGCUUUUGCACUACACCAACAUCACUCACGGUCAACUCGCAUCUCUAGCGCCAAACACUUUUGCUCGGCCAGGCCGCUGGUUUGUGUUGCGGUUCUGUUCCACAUUCCUACGGACAAUACUCAACCCAUCCUUUAUAUUGUUUAUUCCUCCACUAAUUGCUCACACCCCUGCAUAUUUGUUGGCAAACUUGACUUCGUACUUGGCACCCCCCGGAGAAGAAGAGUCGAGGUCGCAAUUUAAAGUCUUCUUGGGAGGCUUCGGGACCGGUCUUGGUGCUGGAUUAAGCAGCUAUUGGACCACCAAAUUCCUUUCUUCUCGAUUUGUCAUUGAUGGCGGUCUUCGCAGUAGAUUUGCGUUAUGGUCGUUGACUGCCUGGUUGAUAAUCCAAUGGCAUGUAGUGCUCAUUAAUAGAGGCGGGUUAUUUCUCUUGGUUUUUGAUUGGCGACUAAGGCAUGAGAUCAGGCUCAAGCGUCUUGGGGCUGCAUUCAAGAUUAUGUUGGGCAUGCUGCAGCCACGCACAUGGGAUCUCCCCCUCUCAAAAUUAACAUCUUAUGAACGGCCUCCAAUCCCAGCGACUAAUCCAUUCCUCAAAAACCAGUCAUCCGGAGAGAGUUUGGGAGGCAAGGCGUGGUUAAAGGCUCAGCCACCGUCUAUAUCGCCAAGGAGAAUGGUGCUCUUACUCACCGAUGCCGCACAACAAUGCCAUCUUCGACCACACAACCAAAUAUUGACUUCUCUCGGCUCCACUAAGCCCACGACUUCGCCGGCCGGCGCGUCAAGCAAAACAACAGCUUCCAACGGGGCUCCGACCCCGUCAGGGUCAGCGACGCCCGCUCCACCCACUCCGUUCAAUUAUGGGACUACACCGAUCCGCGGCGUCAAUCUCGGCGGCUGGCUUGUACUCGAGCCAUGGAUCACACCGAGCAUCUUCAACAACACUAGGAACGAUGCGAUAAUUGACGAGUAUACGUUUGGCCAGAUGCAGGACGCUCAAACAGCGCUAAACGUGUUACAAAAGCAUUGGGACACAUGGAUAACAGAAGACGACUUCAAGGCGAUCGCAGCAGCUGGCCUAAACCACGUGCGAAUACCAGUGGGCUAUUGGUCUGUCCCGUUAACAUCAUCGGACACCCACGGGAACACCAGUCCCGCGCCGUAUGUAGCUGGCGCGUGGCCUUAUUUGCUUAAAGCACUUAACUGGGCUCGCCAACAUAGUGUUCACGUUAUCAUCGAUUUGCAUGGCGCGCCGGGGUCACAGAAUGGUUUCGAUAACUCUGGCCAGCGCACCUCUAAUGCGCAGUUCAUGAACAAUCCCGCCAACAUCACCCGUACUAUCGACACCCUCCGCUUCAUCGUCGAAAACAUCGGCGGAAUGAUUGACGUCAUCGAGCUACUAAAUGAACCAGCAACUUUUUUGUCUGACAAUUACCCCUCUGUUCUCCGACAAUUCUGGAAAGACGGCUAUUCCGCCGUCAGAGAUGCAGUGGGAACGGGUCUACGGGUUAUGAUUGGCGAUGGUUUUCAGGGAGUCGACUCUUGGACCAAUUUCUUGACGUAUCCGAGUGCUACUGGGGUUCUAAUGGACUAUCACGAGUACCAAAUUUUCAGUGUUCCUGAGCUCGCGCGGUCUUUUGAUGACCAUAUUAGUUUUGCCUGUGGCAGCAUGGCUGAUCUUACUUCUUUUGCGAAAAAUAACAUUUGGACUGUCGUCGGAGAGUGGUCAAAUGCCCCGACUGACUGUGCAUUGUGGUUGAACGGGCGAGGAAUAGGAGCGCGAUGGGAUGGGACUUGGUAUACGCCCAACACGCCGUUUGGGAGCUGCACAGGUUGGACUGGCCCCUUUUCUACAUUCUCAAGCGAUUACAAGACCUUCCUUCGGAAGUGGGUACUGGGAAGUGCAGACGAUGAUGGGCGAGAGGGUUCAGGGCUGGAUAUUCUGGGUGCGCAGCUUGUUCUUAAUUUUGUGGCUUCACCGCAGCUGAUCUUCUCAUCACAAGACCUGGAAGACUGAGAUCGCAGACGAAUGGAGGUAUGGGUUUCCGAUGUUUGUUCAGGUUGGUCUUGAUAAGUUUCCGCAGUUAUCAGAAAGGGCUAGAAGGAGGCUGGAUACCUCAGGUAUGCUUUUUUGUUCUCUCGUUGCUCGUUUACCGAACUGCCAUUCAGGACCCUACAAAUAGAAUGUAUCCUAACAUUUGCUCUUGA